AGUUUGCUCAGUGAGCACCAUACCCAGUGUAUUUUUUUUUCAUCAACAAAAAUGGUGUGCAUCGAUACAGGACCGUGGAUUUUCGCCUUCGCCUUUUUCAGCGGCGCCUCGGUGGCCUUCGCUCAAAUGAAUAUGGCCGACGUGCCCUGCGGACUGCGAGGUGCGACGUCGAGGAUCGUUGGCGGAGAAAAAGCGCGGCCCGGCGAAUUCCCCUGGCUGGUGUCAAUCAAGCGGCGAGGAGGACACUUUUGCGGCGGAACCCUCAUCAACAAGAGAUGGGUCUUGACGGCCGCCCAUUGCCUCUGCAGUGGAACGGUAAAACUGCCUUUGAACCACAUCCGAGUGGCCGUCGGCGAACACGACCUGACGCAACCUGAGACUCCUCAGUCGACUGAGUACGCUGUGGACACUUGCGAGCUGCACCCUGAGUAUCAGUGCCAGCGGUACGUGCACGACAUCGCCCUUCUGCGCGUGACCGAGGACGUGCAGUGGGCGCAGCGAUCGGCGUGGCCGGCGUGUCUGCCCGGCGCUGCCUCCAGCAGACUGGCCGCCGACCUGCGAGGGGCCAAGGCCGUGGCCGCCGGUUGGGGUUGGUUGAACGAAAACUCUGCUCAGGGUGGUAGGGCGGACGUGCUCCAAAAGGUCGAGCUGGAGAUUUUGGAGAACAAGAAGUGCCUUGAGUGGUACCAGUCGCAGGGCAAAAAGGUCAAGAUUUUGCCCUCGCAAAUGUGUGCCGGAUACGAAAACGGCGGAAGGGACAGUUGCUGGGCUGACAGUGGCGGUCCCUUGAUGAUUGGAGAUGGGGAGAGAAUAACAGUGGUCGGCGUAGUUUCAACAGGGAUAGGGUGCGCGCGGCCCAAACUGCCCGGUUUGUACACCAGGGUCGAAAUGUACUUAGACUGGAUCCAAAGCCACGUGGCGCGGACAGAUGCCAAAAGAAGAAAUUGAAGUUUUCAUUUUCCCCAAAAUUUAAUCCUGAUUUAACCAAGGUUCCUAGCUGGUCUAGUCACCUGGACUUAAUUUAUACCUGUAAUUUAUUAUUUACUGUGUAAACUUCAAGACUUCAUUAUCUGAAGUGUUGUAAAACUUAAUUUCGAAAAGCUGAGAUAAAAUUUUGUGAUUUGCCUGCAUUCUCAAAAUGGGUCAGCCGCGCUAUAUAAUAAUUAAGAAUGUGCUCACAAUUAUUGUUUAUUUGUUUAAAGUGCAUUGUCAUAAGAGUUGGUGUUAAAAAUAUUUUCCUUCUGUCCAGAACAAGGCGACCCUCUAGUCAUAUUUUCAUCAAUAUAUUAGAUCACUAAUGUUUGUGAGUAAAUAUUUGAUUUUAUAAAAUAUAAUUCACAGUUUUUGUUUUAUAUAAUACAUUUAUCCUACACUGAUUUCACUUUAUCUAACCUUGACCGUGACUUGCUGAAUAUCAAGUUCACGGCACUGGUAGCUCAAUUGUGAGAGUAAAAGUAGAUCUCAACCCAAAAACACACAUUUAGCUCAACUCAUGUAGUACGAUUUACCUUGAGAGAGUGAGAGUGAAAAGGCGACUUUCACUCAACUUCUGUAGAGCGUGCCGAGGAUGAGUUAAAUUACGGAAUAGAAUUAAUUAUCAACAAGCUCAGUCAGCGUUGGUAAUGAGACAAUUAGGAAGUUUUUCCAUUUUUAAUGAAUUUAACGUGUUUACAAAAGAUAAAAAAUCUGACUAACUGAUGAU